GCUUUGGUGAUUCCCUAGCAGGCACUGGAAAAAUCCAGCAAGCAGCACAGACGGAUUCCUUGGAGCGCUGCGAAAGGCUGACAACUUCACCAGCCCCUCCACCUACGUCAUCCCUUGGUCUGUGCGAGUAUGAGGCAAGCACCCGACCAGACCAGGCCUCUGUAGGCUAGAGCUGCACGAGAGCAACGGACCCUGAAGGAAGGAGCUAGCUCGCCAGAUGCCGCUUGCUCCGGGCAUGGGGCUGGGGGCUCUGCUGAGCAGCACUGGGGGCUGCGUGCUGCGAAGCUGCGGCUGAGAGCAGGAGCGAGCCCCAGUACAGCACCGUUCGUCAUACAGCCUUUGUAUGAUGGGGAGGAGGAGGGGGAGCAUGCUGUGAAUCUCCAGCCUGCCAAGCCUGACAGAUCAGACGAGGAUGGUGCCUCCUCCAGCAGAGAGAUGCUUCUGUUGCUUCCGACCCUGCCGUGAGGAAACGCAGCGCUGGCUGCUCCUGCGACCGGAACUGUGCUGCCUUCAGGGUUUUUAUCCUGGCUUCUGGAGCUACGUGUAGUCCCCGCUGUGUCAGGGUGAGCCCAUCGCUCAGGAGAAGCACUGUGCCCCAGCCUAAGCCAUGGAGGAGCAGGAGGGGAGGGCAUCUCGUGCGGACCUACCACAGAUGGCAGCGCAGCAGAACUACGCUCCGGCGCUGGGUAACACCAUCCCCGUGGCCUCUACCUGCCUGGACAGGACUGUGGUGACAGACACGCAUGAAAGUGGAGCCCCUGGGGGAGAUGAUGGUGACAAGGUAAGCCAUCACUUGUCCCCAGGAGUGCCAGAGUCGGGGCUGGAGGAGAGCAGAGCAAUCCAGUCCCAGGAAGAUUCCCCAUGGACCCUCUGUGGACCUCCCGUGGACCCCCAGCGGGAUCUGCCAUUGCAAGCACCAGCGCUCGUUAGGCCCCUACGUGCAAUGGAUGGGCUCAAAUAUGACCAGACAGACAGAUCCCCACAGAGCGGGGCUGACUACGGCUUCCUCGUGAGACAGAACACAAAGCUCCUGAGCGCACUGGAGGACCUGCAGCACCGCUGCACCAGCCUCACCGAGGAGAACAGCCUGCUGCGCAGGAGCUGCUUCCCUGAAACUGAGGAGAAGGUUAAGCACCUAAAGAGGAAGAACGCAGAGCUGGCCGUGAUCGCCAAACGCCUGGAGGAGAGAGCCCGGAAACUCCAGGAGGCAAACCUCAAAGUCGUAACUGCUCCAGUGCCUCUGAAGGGUUCCAAUCUUGAGCUGUGUAAAAAAGCAUUUGCUCGCCAGCGUGCCAAGGACCUGACAGAGCAAGCCAGUGCUCUCCUGGCGAAAGACAAACAGAUUGAAGCUCUGCAGCAGGAGUGUCGGGAGCUGCAGGCUAAACUCAUUGCAGGAAAGGAUGACCCUCGUUGCCUGAACGUCAUCGAGUUUGAUCGCCUGUUGCGGGAAUCUCAGAGAGAAGUAUUACGGCUACAGCGACAGAUUGCCCAAAAGAAUUUCAAGGAGUGUCUACACUCCUCUAAAAUUAGUUCAGGAGGCUCUUUGCCAAGUGCUGCCACGCGCGUGGGACCAUCCAUACCGAUGCUAAAUACCUGCAUAAAAGAUUCACCUUUAUCAAAGGAGGCCCACUCGGGAGACCCGGCACUAGGAGUGGAAGCGCACAGGAAGGUGGAGCCAGGUGUGCUACCUUUGGGACCUACCUCUGAAGAACAUGAAAAUUUCCCUCCCAAAAAUGCAAUAACAGACCAAGAGAGUAGCCAACAGAUAGAGCAGCUGGAAUUUGAACUCAAGAAAAAGCGCAAAAAAUGUGAAAACCUUGAGCAUGAAGUGAGGAAAAAGCAUAAAAGAUGCAAGGAACUGGAGAUCCAGCUGCAGGAGAUACAAAGUGAAAAUGCACGACUGGUUGAAGAGAACUCACAGCUAAAUGAGAAGGCUGGAUGGGCAGGACAGGUUGAAUCUGAGAAUGCUGACCUGAAGUUGCAGGUUGUUUUGGUUACGAAGGAACGGGAUUCUGUGAUUCAGACGAAUCAAGGACUCCAAAUCAAGCUGGAGAAUCUAGAGCAGGUGCUGAAGCACAUGAGAGAUGUGGCUGAGCGAAGGCAGCAGCUGGAAGUUGAGCACAAGGAAGCGCUGCUAGUCCUGAAGGAGAAACAAGAGGAAGUCAGGCGGUUGCAGCAGGCCCAGGCAGAGGCAAAAAGGGAACAUGAAGGAGCAGUACAGCUUCUAGAGAAUACUUUGGAUUGCAUGCAGGCUCGGGUGAAGGACCUGGAAGACCAGUGCCGCAGUCAAACAGAGCAGUUCAGCCUCCUGUCCGAGGAACUCAAACAGUUUCGGCUUCAAACAGGAAAAAUUGACCUCCUUACCUCUACGCUGGUGACUUCUGAGCCUCCUCUCACUCUGUGCAGCUCUACCCCACAGCCCCGCUGGGAGAAGGAUUCCACUGUUGUCCCUGCGUUGCUGGCUCACCAGGACACAAAGAAGAUUCACAAUGAAGACGGUGAGCUGGAAAUAUUACAGCGGAUGCCUGAUGCCACUGUUGGCUCCCCAGUUGCUGCUGCUAGCUCUCAGAAACAAGCCAAGAAGAUGGAAUCUCAGUCAAACUCUUCAAAAUCAGAAUCCAUGCAGAGCAGUCAAAAAUCCUGCCCGACUCCGGAGGUGGACACUGCAAGUGAAAUGGAGGAACUGGACGUUGACAGUAUCUCUCUAAUUCCAGAGCCAGGCAGCCAAGGCCCUGCAAAACUGCAAGUCUUCUUAGCUCGAUACAGCUACAAUCCCUUCGAUGGACCUAAUGAAAAUCCAGAGGCAGAGCUUCCACUGAUUGCUGGAGAGUAUAUUUACAUCUAUGGAGACAUGGAUGAGGAUGGCUUCUUUGAAGGGGAGCUGAUGGAUGGCCGGCGAGGGUUGGUCCCGUCCAAUUUUGUUGAGCGAGUUUCAGAUGAUGACCUCAUGACAUUUCUGCCUUCGGAGCUGAAUGAUCUCACCCAUAGUUCAUACCAGGAGAAAAGUUUUGUCAGUGCAAGCACCAGCAGUGGAGAUAAGAGUGAUUACUCCAUUGAAGAGAGUAGCAUCAGCCCAUUGACCAGUAGAGCAGAAGGAGACCAGGAGGAGCCUGUUAGUCAUACAGCAGUGCCUUAUCCAAGAAAAUUGACUCUGAUCAAGCAGCUUGCCAGAAGCAUAGUUGUAGGCUGGGAACCACCACUUUUACCAGCUGGCUGCCCAGACAUACAAAGCUACAACAUCUAUGUGGAUGAAGAGCUACGUCAAAAUGUGAAGAGUGGCUUUCAGACCAAAGCAGUGAUUGAAAAGCUGGAUUUAAAGACAAAGGCUUACCGUGUGUCUGUGGAGAGCGUGACAGAGCAAGGCAGUUCUGAUAGACUGCGCUGCACUUUCUUUGUGGGGCAAGAUUUUUGCGUGGCACCAACUAUGCUAAAAGUCAGAAGCGUCACAGCCACAUCUGCAGAGAUCAUGUGGCUUCCCUGCAACAGCAAUUACAAUCAUGCAGUGUAUCUCAAUGGGGAGGAAUGUGACAUAACAAAACCUGGGGUGUACUGGUACACCUUCCGCAACCUGCAGCCCAGCACUCAAUAUGUUGCCAAGCUGGAGGCCCGGCCCUUGAAAACAUCUUGGGAAGAGCUCCCAGAGGGGCAAGAGCAGAGCUCAGCUGUGAUACACUUCACUACCCCUCUUGCAGGUACACCUGAUGCUCCUCUGGAUGUCCAAGUGGAAGCUGGUCCUUCCCCAGGUAUCCUAGUUAUCAGCUGGUUACCUGUCACUAUCGAUGCAGAAGGAUCUUCAAAUGGAGUUCGAGUCACCGGUUAUGCUGUGUAUGCGGAUGGACAGAAGGCGAUAGAAGUUACCUCUCCAACAGCUGGGAGCAUCCUGGUAGACUUGUCUCAGCUUCAGAUGUUCCAGGUGUGCCGGGAGGUUUCUGUGAGAACAAUGUCUCUGUAUGGGGAGUCAGUGGAUUCGGUUCCGGCCCGGAUUUCCUCGGUCUUGCUGAGAGCCUCUCGUCAUUCUUCACCUUCAGAUUCUGCUAUUCAUACCAGUUUUACCUCGAGGCUGCCCUGUGGAGAAGCCAGGGGUUCUCUGCCUGCACGCAACCCUCCCACACACCAGACAGCUCCACUCUUUCUUCAACAAGUUCCCACUGAUGGUUCAGGUGCCAAAUUGACUGAUCUUGCCUCUAGCUGUGAUGGUUCAGCACGAUCUCCGCUAGAGAAAGCCUCUUCACAGCCACACCUCUCCUCUUCCAGUGCUUCCUUGGUGCAGGUUUCAGGCACUUCCUCACAGGGAUCGGACACUGCACAAGACAAGAAAAGCCUGGCUGUCCUUCCUCAGCGAGCUGGCAGCACGGUGCUCCCAAGUGAGAGCACAGAGCCUCUCUCUCCAAGGGAAGCAGAGUUGAAAGACCCGGAUGAAGGAGUGGAAGCACAGAUGGAGCUCUCUGUAACUAGAGCACCAGAGCUGGAAAGCCAGUCCAACAGCAGUCUGAAGAUACGUGUGGAGACCUGCCUUGCAUGCUCUGUGGAGGAGUCACCAGAAGAACCCAAUGUAGAAAGAGAGGCAAAGGAGAAACACUUCAGUCCAGAGCAUCUGCCCUUCCCCAGCCAGACUGUAGUAGCAGAGAGCACUUCCCAAGACUCAAGCACGAGCGGUAGCAGCUGCCAAGAAUUCCUGAGAUUGUCCCCUGGCAAGGAGGUGAUGAAAGAAAUGUCCAGAGGGGACUCUGGAGUAGUGUCUAGAGUGAAGAGAGAGCAAGAAGAGAAAAUGUCUGAAAUGGGAAGACGGCAGCUGGCCUUUUUUGCUGAGCACAACCGUAGUUCUGACCUUUCAGAUAUUUUGGAAGAGGAAGAAGAAGAGGAACUGUCUUCAGAAGUGCUGGAAGAGAAGAAAUGGGAUGCAAGAGAGCCCUGUUACCGGGAGAAUGGAGAAAAGAUGGAUCUUUGUGAUACUGACAGCGAUGAGGAGAUUCUGGAGAGGAUACUAGAACUCCCCCUUCAGAAGAACCACAGCAAAAAAUUGUUUAGCAUCCCAGAAGUGACUGAGGAUGAGGAAGAAGAUGAGGACGAGAAGUGUGUUCUAGAGGAAAAGGCAGAGCCUCAAGAAUCCAUGGAAAGACUUACCUGCCAUGCAGGAAGGACAGAGAAGCUGCUUGACAUCCAGGAGUCAUUUCUAAAGCCAGAUGGUAGUGAUAGCUCCCCAGAUCUGUCUGUCCAGACUCUGCAGGAGGAGCAUGAUGUUAAGAAGAGUGGAGGGGAUGCUGAGCAAGAGAAUCCUGCCUGUGGACAGCUGACCUGGAAUCAGAAAAGGGCAAACUGGACCUGGGGCUACCAGGAGAGCGAUCUGAAGUCUGUGGCUGGGGCGAGUCCCCCUUGGAGUAAGAAGAAGGGAAAUAAUUAUAGAGAGAGGAUCCGGAGUCGGACUGAGACGGGUAGGAAGAGACAGAAUGAUUUCACAGAGCACUGCAGUCGUCUGCUGGGCAACUGCAGCCAGAUGGGAAGUGGGUUAUACAGAGCUCCUAGCCUCAGGGAAGAGCUGAAUGUUGCGAGCAGUGCUGGUGGUAAGGAGGGGUUUGAUGUGUACCGUCGUGCCAGACAAAGCAUCUCACGAAAAAACCACAGGAAAGCAGCAGUUUCGGGUCUUGCAGAAGCUCCUGUGGUGGCAACACACUGCUCCAGCCCCAGGAGCCUGGAAAUAGACAUUGAAUAUGACUCAGAAGACGAUCAAGAUUCGACCUGCUCAUCCCCGCCUGAGACCAGGCUGUGGCCAGACAGCAGAGCAGAAGGGGCCCAGAGCUGCCGGGGGGAGUGGAGUGAUUGUUCCAGUCAAUCUGAGGUUGCCCACAUUGGUGGCAGAAGGGACCCGACCAGGCGGGAGAUGAUUGAAGAACAGCGUAUGGAGUGGGCUGGGUCUCCGAGCAGUCGCCUGCAAUUCCUCUGCCGGGAGAAGGAAGUGCUGAGGUGUGAGAGCAGCUCUGAGGAGCAGGGCUGGGAGUUGGACUGUAAGUCACCUGGCUGGAGAAGGAGGCUCGAACAUCCUUGGAAGGGGAUACGUAGCACCUCCUUGCACAAAAGGGCUUCUGGUAAUAAAGAUCCUAGGGGCCAGGAGCUGCCUGGCUCAGCCGCCUGGCAGGCUCCCAGCAGAAGAGGGAACAAGAGUGUAAGAAGAAGCCAAAUACAGAAACCUUUGCUCUCUACUCCAGGUCCUUCAAGGAGCACAGCUUCAGAAACUGCUGUUAAAGAUGAUGCCAUUAGGAUAUUUGUGGCCCUCUUUGACUACGAUCCCAUUUCUAUGUCUCCUAACCCUGAUGCGGCAGAAGAGGAACUCCCGUUUAAGGAGGGGCAGAUCCUGAAGGUCUGUGGAGAUAAGGAUGCUGAUGGGUUUUACAGAGGUGAAUGUGCAGGAAGGGAAGGAUACAUUCCCUGUAACAUGGUAUCUGAAGUCCAGGUGGAGAAUAACGAAGUCAAGAAGCAGCUCUUAAAGCGACCGAUGGAGAGUGUAGGAAAUGGCACAUUUUCUCCACCUCCACGCCGCCAAACCGUCCCUCCUCCAAAACCCAGACGCUCCAAGAAAGAACUGAAUAAACAGGAGAAGUACCAGUCUCAUCCAGAACAUAAGCGUCAGGACUUGGAAGCUGAACUGCUCCCUGCUCGAAGUAUGGUGGCUGUGUUUGACUAUAACCCCAAGGAGAGCUCUCCAAAUGCAGAUGUAGAGGCUGAACUGACUUUUAGUGCAGGGGACGUUAUCACUGUGUUUGGGUCCAUGGACGAUGAUGGAUUCUACUAUGGAGAGCUGAACCAACAGAGAGGGCUGGUCCCAUCUAAUUUCUUGGAAGCUGUAACUUUGGAUGGAGGCACAGUCGAGGAACUUCGUUCAAAAGAUAAAGAAGCUUUUCCACCGAGUGCUGAGAACCAGUUAAAUCCAGAUGGGUCUGUUGUCCAGAGAGACUUCUCAUCAGUUCCUCCUGCUGUACCACCCUCCUGCCUUCUCAUGGGCGAGCAGUGUCCAGAGCAGGCGUCACUGGCAGUUCUCAAAUGCAGUGAUUUACCUGGUCAGAGUAAAAAGAAGAGAGGCUUCUUCUUCAAAGGAAAAAAGCUCUUCAAAAAACUCGGGUCCAGUAAGAAGAAUUAACAAGGGAUUUGUUGCUAUGUGUAAAUUGUCUGUGUAGCCCACAUAGGCACUGGAAAUUCAGGAGGAGCCCUCAGCAAUAAGCUUAUUAGAGUAUUUUCAUAGGGAAAAAGUAUACAUUGAAUAGAGAAAAUCCUUCAGUGGGUCUGCAAGCUGUGGUCUCUGCUGAAAGCCCACCCAGCACAGGCAGGGGCUCUGGACACAGUAUCAUGGCACUGUGGUGUAUGAGGCCUCAGCUCUAGGAUACAGCUACCUCCACAGUAGUGUGUCCUGCUCCAUGCAGCCCUCAAUGCACCAGUUCCCUGUAAAUAUUUUAAUUUAAAAAUGAUAUUCUGACUGUAACUUUAGCUAAACGGCUUUUCCCAGCGAAGCCCCAGCCCCUUAGGAAGAGCUCCCUUGUACUACACACCCUGGUAUCACUGGUCCGAAGGAGGUUGUCUCAACUCCUUCAUUUUCUUCAAAGAACAUUUGCACUCUUGUGUUCCCAUGAAUCCCCUUUGCUGUCUCUGGGCUGAUGAGUAAGUUAUUUGUACUGUAAACCUGUAAAUAUGCAGCUGUGCCUAGGAGCAUCCCACACUGCCUCAGUCACGGUUCAGCGCGAGGGUUCUCAUGGAGGAAGGAGUGAUACCCGUACUUCCACAUAUAGCAUGGGCUGCUGUAAGCUUCUUUUGGCUGGUUCACCUUGACCACAUGCUGGCUGGGGACUCUGCCUUAUUUAUUUAUUUAUUUAUGUAUUUAUUUAUCUAUUUAUUUAUUUAUUUUUGUCUGCCUCUUUCAUGGUUUUAUUUGGCUGUUUUAGUGGGCUGCUCCUGAGUUGGAGCACUUGGAGAGCAGAGCUGGGGACAGAGAGUUUGCAGCUAUUUUCAUAUGAUAUGAUGUGUUUCUUGAGUUAAGACACAUCCCUUUCUAAGCCACGGAGAGUUUUGUACUACAUGGUUUUUAUCCUUUUCAGUGUUUCUUUCUUUGCAUGUUUCAAUAGGGUAUUUGUUUUGAGAAGGACAGUUAUGUGAGGUAUGUGAAUGAUGCCAGCACAGUGUCCACAGUGUUGGUGAUACAGUAUGUUUUUAUUUAAUAUUGAAUUUUAUUAUAAUAAAGUCUAUUUUCACAAAAAUACAUUUUUCCUUAAAAAA